CGCCCCAUGGGACACCUGGCUGCUGCGCUGCUCCUCCAUCCAUAGACACACGUAAGAGGUGGAAUGAUUGCUCAGACUCACCGUCUAUGAGGACUCCUGGCAGAUGUGAUCUGCAGCUCCCGGGGACAGGAAUGCCGGUCCAGCACAAGCUGGCCACAGGUCAGAUCAUGUGAAUUCCCAGGCUGCCCGUCCACAUCAUGAUCAAGAAAGAUGGCUAUGAAGGGAGACAGGUGGAGCCAGCGACCCUGAGCAGCAUCCUCUGCUGUAUCCUCCUGCUGUGGACCACACAGGUCUCUGCCCUGGCUGACUUCUCAGGUUAUCUGACAAGGUUGCUUCAGAAUCAUACUGUAUCAGCUUGUGACGGUGAUCACCUGACCCUGCAGUGUCCUCGACAUUCCACCAUCAGCAUCCAGUCUGCAUUUUAUGGCCAUCACCUACACGGUUCACCAAAGUGUCCCUCACUGUCACUGGAGACCAUGCCCAGUCCUCAUAAGCCGUGCCUUGCUCCAACUGCGCUACAAAAAGUCCUGGAUGAAUGCCAGAAUCUAAGGUCCUGCCAGCUGCCUGUGAACAGUCGAGUAUUUGGGCUGGAUCCAUGUCCGGGUACUACCAAAUAUCUUCUGGUGUCUUACAAGUGCAAACCUACUGAAUAUAAAUCCACAUCUGUUUGUGAAAACCGCGAGCUGAAGCUUCAUUGUAAGGAGCCCAAAUUACUCAACAUCUACUCUGCCGUCUAUGGUCAUUUCGCCCAUGAAAAGAACUCCUGUUCCACAAAUAGGAACCAAGGGAUCCCAUACGACUGUGUGUCAUAUUCUGCAAUGAAGGUGCUGGCACACCGGUGUUACGGGAAGCAGAGAUGUCGAAUGCUGGUCAGCGAUGAACAAUUUGGAAGCCCUUGUCUACCAGGUGUCAUCAAAUAUCUCACUGUAAAUUAUUCCUGUGUUCCCCAAAUCCUUCUGAAGGAGGUUGACCCAAAGAUUUCUAAUCUAGUACCCCCUUUGAAGCAGAACGAUGGUAAAUAUGAUAUCAUAAUGCACCCAUCGGAGUCGCAGCUUCCCAACAGAGACGGGCUUCUCCUCAGUAACGUUCUUGCAGCCUAUUCUUACAUCAGAGAUAAUCCGGAAACAGCGGCCUUGUUCUUUGUAUCCAGUGUUUGCGUUGGACUGAUCGUUACACUGUUUGCUCUGGUAAUCCACAUAUCAUGGAGAAGGGACUGGCGUUCUCCUCGGAAGAUGAACGGACAGGUAGUGCAGGAUCGGGACUGUGAAGAGGCAGAGGAGUACAGCAGCGAAGAGCAAGAAGAGGACGAGUCCUCCAACAAGUCUAACUUUUCAGAGGAAUUCCGCGAGCUGUGCAAAUCUCCACGUCCACUCUAUAGCAGCGCAGACGCAGCAGAUCUUGCUGAAAGGAUUGAACGAAGGGAGCAAAUUAUCCACGAGAUCUGGUUGAACAGUGGCCUGGAUCUCCCACCUAACGGACUUACAAUUCCAUUCCUUUAACUAGAAUGCAUCCUUCAGGACCUUUUGACGUAAAGCAUUUGAAGGAAAAACUCUACUUGUGUCCCAUAGCUAC